UUCCUUUUGAAAACGUAUCAGGCAAGAACAGUCCUAUUUUAAUAAAUGAAGGAGAACAAAGAAAAUUCCAGUCCUUCUGUAAACUUGGCAAACCUGGACCAUACAAAGCCAUGCUGGUACUGGGAUAAGAAGGAUUUGGCACAUACCCCUUCACAACUAGAAGGGCUUGAUCCAGCUACGGAGGCAAGAUACCGCAGAGAGGGGGCCAGAUUCAUAUUUGAUGUAGGGACACGUUUAGGCCUACACUAUGAUACAUUAGCAACCGGAAUAAUUUAUUUCCAUCGAUUUUAUAUGUUUCAUUCCUUCAAACAGUUCCCCAGAUAUGUAACAGGAGCCUGCUGUCUUUUCCUGGCAGGAAAAGUUGAAGAAACACCUAAAAAAUGUAAAGAUAUAAUCAAAACAGCCCGUAGCUUAUUAAAUGAUGUACAGUUUGGACAGUUCGGAGAUGAUCCCAAGGAAGAAGUGAUGGUCCUUGAAAGAAUAUUACUACAAACAAUAAAAUUUGAUUUGCAAGUGGAACAUCCGUACCAGUUCCUGCUCAAGUAUGCCAAACAGCUCAAAGGAGACAAAAAUAAAAUUCAGAAACUGGUUCAAAUGGCAUGGACGUUUGUGAAUGACAGCCUCUGCACUACGCUGUCACUACAGUGGGAGCCAGAAAUCAUAGCUGUUGCAGUUAUGUACUUAGCAGGUCGUUUGUGUAAGUUUGAAAUACAAGAAUGGACCUCAAAACCAAUGUACAGACGGUGGUGGGAACAGUUUGUCCAAGAUGUCCCUGUUGAUGUUCUGGAAGAUAUCUGCCACCAGAUUCUGGAUCUGUACUCACAAGGGAAGCAGCAGAUGCCUCAUCACACUCCUCAUCAGCUGCAGCAGCCGCCAUCUCUCCAGUCUGCACCCCAGGCACCUCCUGUGCAGCAGUCACAGCAGCCCCAGGGUUCGGAGCAGUCCCAGGCUCAGCAGCAGAAGGAGUCGCAGCAGUCAGCGCAGCAGCAGCAGCAGCAAACACAAGCACAGCAAUCAAAAAAGCCUUCUCCCCAGUCAAGCCCUCCCAGACAGAUCAAAAGACCAGCAACUGUAUCUCCCAAAGAAGAAACAAAGGCAACAGAACCACCACCACCAUCUAAAAUCCCUAAAAUUGAAACUUCACAUCCACCGAUACCUCCUGCGCAUCCACCUCCAGAGCGCAAGCCGCCGCCGCUGGCCGCGUCGGUCCCCAUGGGCGAAGCGGAGCAGCCCUCCGCGGUGGACUCGGUGGACAUGCCCAAGGUGCAGAUCCCUCCUCCCGCGCAUCCCGCCCCGGUGCACCAAUUCCUGUACAUAAUAUAUAUAUUUUCUAAGUGUGAAAGUCUGAAUGUAACAACCUACUGUGAUUUGCAUCCUGGUUAUAAAUGGGACUACUUCAUUCACACCUACCCAAAUAAAAUUGAUUCUGAAUAUAGUGGAUUUCCGAGUUUUUCACGAUUUGUAACACUGCUGGACCGUGAUUACAGCACCGCAUCCCUUGUAGGUGAGAUCCGCAGGUGGAAUGAAACAGACUUGGCUUAA